AUGACGAGUAAGCGCAGUCUCCCCUAUAGCUUCGUGUCAGAACCGCAAACAAAGCGGCAUAAAAUUAAUGUUGCUUGCAACGUUUGCAAGCGCAGGAAGACCAAAUGCGAUGGCAUUCGGCCAGUGUGUGGCCCAUGUUCUAGACGAAAAAAUGGUGCAAUGGAAUGUAUAUAUCGGCCUGAGCCGGCCUCUGUUGCAUACCGAAAAGAGAACAAACAAGGAGGGAAUGAGAACAGAGCAGCGAGAACCUCGUCGUCCAAACCCUUCGAUUGUGCCCGUUCCCAACCGGAUACUACAGAGCCUACAGCUUCGGUUCCGCGGCACCCCUUUUCGACAUUUGGGACUCCCGCAGAAAUAUCCCUUUCUAAUGAAGAGUUCUCUUCUCUACCUAGCGAGGGUCUCAUAGAUGCAUCGACGGGUUCACAGUUUGUGCGUCAAAUUGAGAGUGCAGCGACAGGCACUUUGGCGUCGAAUCGGAAACAUAACAAGGCACUUCAGACGCUGCCUAGGCUGCCGCUGCUAAUAGAGAACAAAGUGUUUUACGAGACUCUUUUUGUUCUUCCAACUAGAAGGGUGGCUGAUGACUUAUUCACAAAAUACUGGGAGCACAUUGAUCCUAUCUUUCCUUGGUUAGAUCAGGGCACAAUCACCGCAAACUACGAUAUGGUUUGGGGGGAUUUAGCAUUGGACAUGAACGAAAAGGCAUUUCAUUGCAUCCUCAACCUCAUAUUUGCGACAUCUUCCAUGAUCGGUACCACCAACGAAGUUUAUACACACACUCAGUGUGCGAGUGUCUACUUCGACAGAGCAAAACAGCUCAUGUCCUUUAAUCUUAUGGAAAUGCAUAAUCUGGAGGUCAUUCAAAUCUUCCUCCUCUCCGCCGUGUACCUUCAGCACACGAACUUGGCUCAAGAAUUCGUGCAGAACAUCGAUCUUGCUAUGAGAGUGUGGUUUGGAUGUAUCAUUAUGGACAGGAUUGCGGCCAUGACCUUUGGGUCGAAACCUCAGAUCAGCCAUGAGAUUGUCAAGAAAUCUGCUGUGCCGCCAACUUCUGCUGCUACCCAACAAGUGCUACGUCCAAAUACCCCCUCAAGUAUCAAUGGCGACUUCUAUAGCGCAUUUUGUCAUCUUCAUGUUAUACUUGGCGACAUCUUGGAGUCUCUCUAUCCACUAAGCAGCGAGCAUCCGUCUUCUCCUGAAUUUGGGGCAUCAAUCCCAACGGAGAAAGAUGAUAUCCUGGCUCCGCAGAAGCUCACGGAUUUAUUUCGAAUUGAGUCCAAUCUAUCGACUUGGUAUUCCGGUCUUCCCCCCCAGCUGCAGGUGGGUAUUGGUCGAACAGACUCCCGGAUUGCCAACGUACUUCAUGCUCGAUAUCUCUGCGUCAGAUUACUUUUCUUCCGACCGUUUUUCUUUCAGAGUUGCAAGCCCAGGAAUCGGUCACACGAGAAGACCAGCGGCCCUUCUGAUGAGCAAGUCAUUCAGAUAGUGGCCGAAAGCUGUCACACUAAGUGCAUCAGCUCGGCACGAGAUAUUGUUGACUUUUUCAAGGACCUGAACAACAGGCAGACUGCCAUGUCAGAUAGGAACACAUUUCCUUCGCAUUGGUACAUCAUCUCUUAUAUUUAUAUGGCUGCUACUGUUCUUAUCGCGGAAUAUCUUUGCCCCAUUACCCAAAGCCACAUCCCAAUUUCAGAAAUCGAUGAUCUAUUAGAUCAGGUCGACGAUAUUCUCAAAUGUUGCGAGCCUUCUACCAAUAUUGCUCACAAGUGUCGGGUAACCUUGAAACAGCUGAAUGAAAAGGUCAAGUCUACACAGCGUGAGGUAGAUCGGCCUCAAGGACUUGAAUCCAGCCGGUCCACUGGUGAAGUUUCGUUGGAAGACUUCAAUUACGACUUUGGUCCCGAGGGACUUAUCAUGGAUCCUCUUGAUUCAUACCCCUUCAGCUGGAACGACUGGCCUAUUUCCUUGGCUGAUAUAGCCGAUGAAGGACCAGGAGGUGCGUUCAGGAUGCCCUAUUAG